UGCCGCGCCGCCGGCGUGCCGUAAAGCGCGGCGGAGCUCCCCACGCGGGCCGGCAUGGGGAAGCGGCGGGGCGGGCGGGAGCUGCUGCGCAGCCUGAGCAAGAGGCAGAAGAAGCACCUGAGGGAGUUCGGGGAGGAGCACCCCUUCUAUGACAAGGUGUCUGGAAGACCAGAAGCAACUCAAAUCUGUGAACUGUCUGAGAAUUCUGAUAAAUCAAGUGCAGAAAGCGAUUCAGAGACUGAAGUGGUACAGGUCUCUGUAUAUCAUAAGCUCCUGGCUACCCUGAAGACCUCUCCUGAGUCUGAGAGUGAGGAAGAAGAUGAUGAAAGUGAAUCAGAAGAAGCUGGGGAAAGCGAGGCAGAAAUGGACAGUGAAGGGUCCCAGGACACCAGAGAGGCAGAUGGAGGUGAAGAAGAUAAGAAUGAUGUACCGGAGCAGGAAGAAGCUACAGACACAGCAGAGCAGACGCUCGGCCAAGAGCAGGCUGAUGGCGCAGAUACCUCUUGUGACCCAAGUCAUGAAGUAAUUGAGGAGUUUACUGAUGUGAAACACGAAUCUGAAUUUAGCUUGGAAACCAAUUUCAUGGAAGAGGAGAGUGGAGAUUGCAACGCAGAUAAGAGAGACAGCAAUUCUUCACAAGCCUUUUCAGAAGAUCCAUUUAAACAGCACAUGGACAAAGAGCUUGAAGAAAAAGAAGUAGAAAAAAUGUCUACGCUUCCUAAAACUUCAAGUCAAAGCAAGUGGCCAAGGCUGGGCCAACUAACUUUUUCUUCCACUUUGGAGAAACAUAAAACUUUGAAAGCAGACAAAGAAGUGGAUGUGAAACAGCUUUAUCUUCACAAGCCUUUAGAAUAUACUUGGCCAAAAGUGAAUAAACAGUACCUGUCCUCAAUGAACAAACCAAGCGAUGCCUUUUUCACCCCGCUACAAAGAGAGCUCUUCUGUAUCAUGAAUACAUACCGGGACUUGUUCUAUCCAGAAAGAAAUGCUUUAACAAAUGGAGACGAAAUCCAGCAUGCUUACUGCUUGCAUGCCUUGAACCAUGUUCUGAAGGCAAAUGCCCAGGUGCUCAGCAACAAUGCCAAACGAAGGGACCAAAAGCCAGGGCCUGACAAUGAUGACUACAGGGACCAGGGGCUCACUAGACCUAAGGUGCUGAUGAUAGUGCCCUUCAGGGAAUGCGCUUUGCGAAUUGUGCAUAUUUUCAUCAGUCUUCUUGAAGUGAAUGAAAAGAGAAAAAUAGAUGUAAGUAACAAAAAGCGCUUCAAAGGGGAGUUUGGCUUUGACCCAGAAGAGAAACCCCCCAACCUGAAAAGACCCGAAGAUUAUGAAGCCGUCUUUGCUGGCAACAUUGAUGACCACUUCAGAAUUGGGGUUGCAAUUCUUCAAAAGAGUAUGAGACUGUAUGCACCAUUUUACUCAUCGGAUAUCAUCAUUGCCUCUCCCCUGGGUAUGAGGACUAUUAUUGGGGCGGAGGGGGAGAAGAAGAGAGAUUUUGAUUUCCUAUCAUCAAUAGAAAUUCUCAUAAUUGAUCAAGCAGAUAUUUACCUGAUGCAGAAUUGGGAACAUGUUCUGCAUCUGAUGAAGCACAUUAACCUGCUGCCUCUGGAGCCCCACGGGGUAGACUUUUCCCGAGUGCGAAUGCUGAAUCUCAAUAACUGGUCCAAGUACUACCGCCAGACACUGCUGUUCAGCGCUCUUCAGGAUCCCCAGAUUAACUCCAUCUUCAACAAACACUGCUUCAAUUACAUGGGGCAGGUGGCUGUCCGCAACGUACCACUCAGUGGCUCCAUUAGCCACGUUGUGGUCCAGCUUCCUCAUGUUUUUCGGAGGCUAGAAGCUGAAAAUAUAACUUCUGUGAUAGAGACAAGGUUUCAGUUUUUCAUCAACAAAGUUUUGCCUGAGUACCGCGAUGCCAUCAUGUCGCACACGCUCAUUUAUGUUCCGUCAUAUUUUGACUAUGUGCGUCUUCGAAAUUACUUCAAGAAAGAGGAUCUGAAUUUUACUCACAUUUGUGAAUACACUAAGAAGGGUGGCGUCUGCAGAGCGAGACGGUUCUUUCUCAAGGGAGAGAAGCAGUUUUUAUUGUUGACUGAGCGCUUCCACUUUUACAAAAGGUAUGUGAUAAAAGGCAUCAGGAACCUCAUUUUCUAUGAGUUACCAACCUACUCCCACUUCUACAGUGAGAUUUGUAAUAUGAUGAAGGCCACAGACAACGGAGCGGAUGCUACUUGGACCUGUACUGUGCUCUACUCCAAGUAUGAUGCUCAGAAAUUGGCUGCGGUGGUUGGCAUAGAUCGCACAGCUCAAAUGCUACAGUCCAAGAAAGAUGUGCACCUCUUUGUUACGGGAGAAAAUGAAUAAGUGAUGUUGCAGAUUUAGACGACUGGAUGGACCUGGAUUUUACUCUCAAUGCACUUUUUGAUGUUGUUUUUUAAAAAAGUAUUAAACUUUUUACUCCCUUCCCUUUUACUAAAUACUCUGUUGAAAUUGUUCAUUUCAGCACUCUGUCUGGCAAGAAACAAAGGAUGUCGUUCAAGAAAGCAGGGCUUGCAGGCUGCUUCUUAUAGAAACAAAAUGAACCCAGAACUAUUCUUUUUGUAUAUUGAAAAACCCACUGGUCAGUAAAGACUGAUGCUGUGAUAAAUAACUUCUGGUUGGAUUGCUUCACUUCAUUUUCAGGUGCAGCAAAGUCACCUUUGAUCAAAGGCAACUUUUCCCUUUAAUCUAGGGGAAAAAAUGUGCCCAAAUAUCAAUGCGGGCACUGUUCUGCAAGCUUGUGUAAGGGAGGUGCAGGCGAAGGCCCUGCGGCACAAAAGUAUUGUUGAAUGAGCGUUGAACUUACUACAACCUGACAGUUGUGAGUAUGAGAAUCAAUGAAUGUGCUUGAGUAGGAGCUCUGGGGUUUUUUUCCCCGGAGUGAUGUAAAUAUCUCUGCCUCCUGUUUACAACAGCUGCUCUGGCCGGUCACUUUUACCAGGGAUGAGCUUUUUCCAAAGGAAGACAGAGUUGAAGUUGGCAGGCAGCAGAGCCCGGGCCUGCCUAGCCCCGCGAUCACCAAAGCAGCACUGUGGAGCACAAAACCAGGUGGAGCAGUUGCAAAUACCUGUGGUCUCAUGUAGCAGGGGGGCAGGUGAGCCCAAACGCAAGAAGGAAACGUCCAUCCUGUGAUAAGCUUCGAGGGAAUUCUUGUCUGGGAGGCUUAAGUAAAUAUGCCAAAGUGAAAUAAACUCCUUGAGUAAAUGCACAGGCGCAUAAUUUUAGCCAAUUUUUUAUCACAUUCUUCCUUCCUGUAUUUGUAAGGUAGUAACUGAAGUCCUGAAAUAAUUUAGUAGACAUGCAAACCCAUGCAGUUUCUUGCUUUGCUUUUCAAGUAGUGAUUUGCGUUGAUGUGUGCUGUGGCAGAGGUAUGUAAAAUUAAGAGCCAGCCGCAGCAACGUUCUCCUUGUGAACAUCUGUCCCCUGUACAGCAGAGGCAGCAGUAGGGGCCAACAAGGAUUUUUCUUGUAUGGCCUGGGCUCCGUGUAGGAGAAUUGCGGCUGUGCGUAUGAAAACAAGCACACAAAAUAGGAUUAAGGAAUUUUCUUUCUACACCGGAUGUACUUAGCAGAGAUGAAUCGCUGACCUCUGAGGAAGCUAAAGUGGGAUAGCUGCUUAGGGAGGUGACACGAUGCGGUGCAGCUACUGUUUAAAGAAGCUGCAAGAGUUUUGUGCCAGAGCCUUAACUAUGCAGGGAUUUUUCUGCCCCCGCUGAAAUUAAUAGCAAAGUGCCUUGGUGGGGGUGGGGACAAAUUGUAGUCUGAGACCCUUAUAAUUUUUAUAUCAGCUACCUGAGUUUGUUCCUAAGACAAGCAUACUUUGAAAUUUGAAAUGUUACACUUUUAAUAUUGAUUACUAAUUAUAACAGUUAUUUCCAAAGUAGCACGUAAAUGCCUUCAGCCAGUGCCCUGAGAUGCAGGCGCAAAGCUGAUGCGUGAUUUCUCUUAGGGAGCUUGCGCGUGAGAUUUUUCUGCCCUGGCAAAAUCUUACUGGCUUUUAAUAGGGAGCCUCAUAAGCUAGAAAUCCUACCUCGGAAGGCGUGCUAGUGGUUCGGGCAGGUUUGGAGACGGAGGGAGCCUGUCUCUGUACCGAUGUAAAGGAGUUUCUGUUCCCAAGGUGCUUCCUCCUGCCCCUGUGCUGUGAUGUUCCCAGCCUCGGGUGUCGGCCCACUUGAUAGCAGAAUUGCAGUGAGAUGGUGAGAGGAUUUGGUUAUUUAAAACUUCUCCUUUGCUGCUUUUUUAAUCUUAUUUUAAACAAUUCCCUGGUGCGAUUCACAGCCCUGCAAAGUGGUUUGUCCAAGAGUGGCUCCCAAGACAGUGAGUUACCAGGAGAUGGCAAGCGCUGAGGUCAGAGUUUGGCCCAUCCUGGAUGCACAUUCAUGGAUGCCAAUGCUCCGCUUGCUGGGGCAGCUGCUGGCUCCAAAUGGGUUACUUAAAAGCUCAUCUUAUAAAUGCAUUUUCCUGACAAUAAUGCGGCUUUCGGAAAGGCGGCUCAACCUAAUGCAUUCUUGUGGACACUCCGAGUCAAUUUUAGAAAUGGAAUAUGUACAUCUGAGGCUUGUUUUUAUUGUUGGUUUGUGGUUUUUUUUUUUUAAUUGUUCAACCCUUUUUAAAAAAAGGUCAAAUUCUGACACAAAUGGAGUAAGAAAAGAUGGUA